AUGGUAGCGCUAAAUCCCCGCCUCUCUGUCACGUACAACAACCACAACACUUGGAAACUGCACGUGAGCAACGUACAGGCCAACGACUCCGGUACCUACAUGUGUCAAGUGAACACGGACCCUAUGAAGAGUCAGAUGGGCUACUUAUCAGUAGUAAUACCGCCGGAUAUUGUAGAUACAGUGGCUGAAGGAAGCACCGCACAAGAAGGCGGCAGUGUGCGCCUGACAUGCACAGCCACAGGAGAACCACCACCAACUGUCAUGUGGCGUAGAGAACACAACAAACCGAUCGUGUUCCGACACGACGGAGGGAGGGAGAGAAGAGGUAAGUAGCUAAGGACCAACAGUGCGAUUAUGUAAACAUAUUUUGAAGAUCAGUAAGUUGAAUCUGCAGGAGAAUCAAGAUUCGUAUUCUGUUUAACCCGAAAAUGCCACUGGCGCUUCUCUGUCUAGCGCCUUUCAUGCGCUAAUUCAUUUUUUCAUCUGAUAAUAUGGCUUCGAGUUUGGAUUUUUACCUAA